ACGGGCGCCGCCUCAGCCCCGCGCGAGGCCGAGGCCAGUCCCCGCCGCCGCUGCCUCGCCCGGCGAUGGUGCGCACAGGGCGCGUCUCGCCCUGCCCGACGGCGGCCCGACGGCCUCCUGCAGUCAAAGCUGGAGGCAUGAGAGUGUCUAAAAAGCAAGAAAAUGGACUUAAGAAAAACGCUAAACCUGCAGGAAAAGACAAGACAAGUGCUGUCGUCGGUAUUUCAAAAAUUCAGAAGAUGAGUGUCGUACUGGCAGAAGCACUGGACAGAAUGAGCCACAAAAUUCCUGCAGCAGCAUUACAAGUUGCUCAUCAAAAGCCACAGCCUGCCUUGGAGAAGUUCAUGCUGCCUAAAAGAAUUUACAUUAUUCAACAGCCACGUAAAUGUUAAAAUAUGCAUUUAAAAACUCAUGUUUACAUAGAAGCAAAUUUCUAUUCUAAAUAGUACUUAGCACACUGGUAAAGGAUCAAAAACUGUGGAAAUAGUUUGACUGCCUUGUAUCUUACUGUGUUUCUGUUAGUGACAAUAAAAUACUUUAUAAAAAGA